CUCAUGAAGUUCUCCUGGUUUCUCUCCUCAGACACAUGAAUAACAGUUGACUCUUUCCGCGGAUUAGCGCACGCGGGCAUCAUAAGUUUAUUUUUUGUUUGUGCAUCAUGUGAAGAGAGCCGAGAAAACGCUGCAGCUUUGUGCAACAGGAGCGCAAGACAAACAUCACAUCUUUUUUUAAUUCUUAUUUAAAAGAUGCGGGAUUAAAGAACAAGAUGAAAGAAGGUUCGGUGACAAACCAUCAAUGAAUGACCUUUGACCCUUGAGGGAGCACUGUCUCCCUGGGAGUGGUUCCAGGAAGGGAGGAAGGGGCCAACCAGAGUCCAGGGAUGGACAUGGAAAGCUACCCAGGCCCAGGGGGGAAUGCGUCGGGACCCAAUAACACAAACUGCACUGUCCCACCUGCCACCAGCCUGCAGGUGGUCCAAUUGACAGACGGGAUGGCGGCGGUGGUAGUCGUACUCAUCAUCCUCACCCUCCUUACUGGCCUUGUCAACGCUGCUGUCAUCAUCGCCAUCUGCACCACCAAGAAGCUCCACCUGCCCGCCAACUACCUCAUCUGCUCUCUGGCCGUCACCGACUUCCUGGUGGCGCUUCUAGUGAUGCCCAUCAGCAUCCUCUACAUCACCAUGGAGACAUGGUCCCUGGGUCAGGUGGUGUGCGAGCUGUGGUUGAGCAUGGAUAUGACCUGCUGCACCUGCUCCAUCCUGCACCUGUGUGUCAUCGCUUUGGACCGGUACUGGGCCAUCACCAAAGCUAUUGAGUAUGCUCGCAAGAGGUCAGCCCGCCGUGCCGCCAUCAUGGUGGGAAUAGUCUGGGUCAUCUCGGUUUUAAUAUCCAUGCCACCCUUGUUCUGGAGGCAGAGACCUAUCAACGGCAGCCUCCGACAGUGCAUCAUAGAGCAUGAUCACUUGGGAUACACUAUUUACUCUACUUUUGGGGCAUUUUACAUUCCCAUGAUCGUCAUUCUUAUCUUAUACUACAGGAUUUACAAUGCCGCAAAAACUCUGUACCAGAAGCGGGGCUCCUCUCGACAUCUCAGUACCCGCAGCAUGGGCAGUCAGAACUCUGUAGACCAUUGCCGUGUCUCCCACACAUUUUGCGUGUCAGACUUGUCCAACUCAGAUCCCGCACUGGCUACUGACAAACUUAACGCCACCAUCCGCAUCCCAUCCUUUGAGAAGGACAUGGAUGGGCAGGAUGAGAAGAACCAGAUAUGUACGUCACGAGAGAGGAAAGCAGCUCGAAUCCUCGGCCUCAUCCUCGGGGCCUUCAUUAUCUGCUGGCUGCCUUUCUUUUUAAAGGAGGUCCUGGUGGGGCUGCGAAUAGUACAGCCUUCUCAGCUUAUCUCGGACCUCCUGACUUGGCUGGGUUAUAUCAACUCUCUCAUCAACCCCCUGCUGUACACCAGCUUUAAUGACGAUUUCAAGCUGGCUUUUAAAAAGCUACUGAAGAGAAAAGAGCAUGCAUAA